AUGAUAGGGGUAGCAGCAGCUAAACCAGAGAUUGUCAUUGAUCGAGAAGAUGAUCGACGAGAAUCACAUAACCAGCAGAUACCAGUUAACCCGAUAGAUAAUAAUCCUCGCCAAAUAAAUGACAAUCCUGUAACAAUUGAAACGAAAGAAGAAAGUACACCUGCACCGUAUAAAACAAAACCCUUGUCUGAAGCCGAUCUGAGAGAUGAAAGGAUGGCCAUUGAGCUAUCUGGUGACGUUAUAGCAGUUCAACCAACAAAUGACCAGGAUGAUAUUUUAUAUUCAUUGGACUCGUCUAUUGUAAUACAAGGACCUGUCCCAGAAACGAAUGAAAUCCAGGAUGAAGUAAAUGAAGAUAAAUCUAAAUUGCUAGAAACUCCUCUACAAAAGAAUGAUGAUCACAUAAUAGCCGAAGAAACUGUAUUACGGCGGACACGUUCCAGAGUCUAUACAUUAUCAACAACACCUGUACUGCGUAAAUCAAAACGCCUACAGCAAGAUGAUGCCGAGACGGCCUCUGAAACUGAUUCUGAGCCAUCUAGUACUAUCGAUACUCCUACUCGAAAACAGAAAAUCAAAAAAUAUCGAGUAAAGAAUCAGCGAUCAUCGAUUUCUGGAACAAGGAAGACUGACUAUGAUGAAUCUAUCAAGCAGAAACUUCCUAAACGAAUACGUCGUGGAGAGUAA